AUGGUGGAUAAUACACGAGGAGAAAAAGACCUAACAGGGUUAAAUACAAAUAAUAACGAAGGUUUGGAUGCAAGCUCUAACUUGAAUUUUGACAUUCAGUCUUCUCUUUUAGCAACAAAGAGGGCCCUGGAUGAAGAUAUGAAGAAUCUAAGCAUUGUUAAUGUUGAUGCGGGAAAUAUCCAAAAACUCUCUCAGUUGUUUGAUAUAUCACUUUUACAGGCAGAAAAUAUACUCAAAACCAACAAUAACAGCAUUGAAAAGUCUGUUGAUGACUUACUAUUAAAUUUCUCUGAUUUCCAAAAUAGCAGACUUAAAUAUCAAUUUUAA